AUGCCCCUCAAAGUUUUAAACCAUGAAACACCCUUUUCCAAGCUUUAUAUGAAACAGGCAAAUCUUACUCAUCUCAGAACAUUUGGUUGUUUAUGCUAUGUUUCUACUUCCAAAGUUGGUAGAACUAAACUUGACAGUAGAGCUAAACCUUGUGUCUUUUUGGGUUAUUCUAGUUCUCAGAAGGGUUACAAGGUUCUUGACUUGGAAACCUACAAAAUGUUUGUUUCCAGAGAUAUUCAUUUUCAUGAGAAACAUUUCCCAUUUCAUCUUUACAACAAGAAAUCAUCCCCUACCUUAAAUUACUCAAAUGCUAUCUAUCUUCCUGUUUCUUCUUCUCCUACCAUUUUUCCUGAUACUCCAAAUAUACCCUAUUUCCCUUCUCAUGAUUCUACACCACCUCAAUCUUUUCAGUCUGAUUCCAGUUCUCCAAAUGAUUCCUCUACUUCCACAAAUUCUCAUCCUUCUCAUAAUUCUUCACCUACAAAUUCUCAUACUGAUUUACCUCCUAUUCUUCCUGUCCCUUUCUCAGAUCUUAAUUCUCUAAUUGAUCUAAGUUCUUCACAUAUAGAUCAGACUAGAAAAUCAUCAAGACCACAUAAAGCACCAUCUUACCUUGACAAAUAUCUCUGUUAUCAUGUUGAUUCUACUCAUGUGCAUACAAAUUGUGAGAGGCAUUGGUGUAAUUUUGUCUCUUAUCAAGGUUAUCCUAGUUCUUUCAAGGCUUUUCUGUCUCAUUUCUGUGACAUCAAAGAGCCUCUGAAUUAUCAUGAAGCUUCUCAAGAUCCCCUUUGGAUUGAAGCCAUGAAUAAGAAAAUUCUAGCACUUGAGUAG